AUGCAACAAAAGCAAAACACAAUGCGCCAAGCAAAAGCAUCUAAGCUACGAUCCCCAGACUUGAAAAAAACCUGUACGCGCGAUGAGCUACUCAUGGAGGCCUAUCUUUCUACCUCGGCGACGUCGCUGCAUCCACGUCAAACCUUGGAUCAAUAUUUUUACCCCCACACCAACACCGAAAGGCGUGACCAGGACCAAAUCGUCUAUCGGUAUCAGAUGAGGGGCCCUGGCCGGAAACUAUCACCAGACAAGGAGCCCAAACUCAUCAUGGUGGAUCGCCUGUGGAUGUGGAUUCUCCAGGGGGGGGGGUCUCAUUUUAAUUUCUUGCGAAUUGACUUUGCGUAUGAUUUCGCGGAAAAUAUCACCGAGAGAUGCUUGACCGUCUUUGAUAACCAGCAACUUGAAGAUACCGAGUAUCAGUUUUUCGAUAUGUUCAAGUCAUUUAUCAACCUAGCUAAAAAGAAUCAACACAAGCCAAGUUCGUUGUCUCGGAUUCAGUCACUUUCUGACCGUGAUGUUUUCAAGGAUAACUUGAACAUUAAUGAGGAGAACAAUCCAGUAUUAUCGCAGAACUCUCCCCAAUUUGUAGAUCGGAUACUCGAUAUUGGCGAGGAGGCCGACAUGCUCGCGGAAGUCAAAGACAUCCGUGAUGAAUUGGAUAUAAUUCGCCACCUUCUAGAACAACAAUCCCAGAUCGUAUCCCUGUUCCAACAAAAAGUCAAGUCAAUCAAUCAGAGUUCACCGCGCACCGCCUCCAAUAAAUUCCUUGAAAAUCCUCAGCUUAUGAUCGAACUACGGCUGCAGCAUAUCAAUCGCAUGGAUCGACAGGCAGAAAGGGUCUAUCAUUCAAUGGUACACCUGCUAGAUUUAAAACAGAAGCAAGCAAAUGCAUUCGAAGCACGAUUUGCCCGAGACCAAGCUGAGAGCACGGCUCUGCAAGGCAAGAUCCUCAUGGUUUUUACCAUGGUCACAAUUGUCUUCUUACCCCUGUCAUUCUUGACGUCAUUUUUUGGGAUCAAUAUGCGGGAAUUUUCGGACUUGAGUCUUGCCUUUCUCUCCAAAUGGACUUUUGAAACUAAAUUUGCGAUUUCAAUUCCUCUAAUUCUCGUUGCAAUAUCGGUGGAUAAUAUUGGGUAUUUCUUCAGUGAGGCUGCAGACUUUUUUUUUCCGUUGAGGGAGGUGGACUUCAUGGGCAAGGUGGACUACCGGUCGAGCUUGCUUCCUAUCUAA